CCACACGUACUGUUCCCCAUAAAUACGGAGAGUUUUGCCUACAGACAAGGUCGUUCUACGGUAGAUUUAACAAUGGCGGGACGAGAGGGCAGCUGGCAGCUGGCAGCGUGGAAGAGUGGCAGCGUUACAGCGUGGGGAGCGUGGGGGGAGCGGGGAGGUUGGGGAACGAAACGAGGAGAAGAAAAAAGCGGGACGGGCCGACAGGGACCACGGACCGACCACGGACUGCCAGCUUGUCAUUGUAAGUUGGCCUGCUGGUCACCAACAACACCAACACCGACGACGACACCGAUGACACCGACGAUGGCGUUGGUUGCCAACCUUCCAUCUUGCAGAAACCUACCUAAGGUAGGUAGGCAGAUACAUUGUUCCAUCACAAAGAGGUACACGUCCGGCUACUACUACGUAUUGUGAGCUGCAUGCAACACUGUAUACGUAGUGUAGGGUAAGGUAAAUAAUACCGCAUGUCGUUCCUGAUGUACAGUACAGAGUACAAUGUAUUGGGCUAUGAGCAAUGGGCAUUGGGUAUUGGGUAUUGGGCAUUGGCAAUUUAUUUCUGGAACCUCUCGAUCCCUGUCCUUGGCCGAGACUCGAAAGCUACCUAUAUGCAGUACGCAGUACGCAAAAACAAUGGGUAAGAGGUACGAGGUAUGAGGUAUGAGGUAUGGGGCACGUCGCACUAGGGAUAAUGGUUUACCCUCGUAGACUUAACCUGUAUCAUACACCGUAUGCAACCCCAAAUAUACCUGCACUUAGAGUACGGUAUCUUGCUUAAUAGACCUGGGUCUAGUAGACAAGGUAUGACUCUUCAAACCCCAAAAAAAAAGAAAAGAAAAGAAAAGAAAAGAAAAGAAAAGAAAAGAAAAGUAAAGUAAAGUAAAGUAAAGUAAAGUAAAGUAAAGUAAAGUAAAGUAAAGUAAAGUAGAGUAUGGUAAAGUAAAGAGAAGAGA